AUGAGUGUCUUUGCUUCUUUGCCGAAUCUCGUUACCCUAAUAUUGCAACACGGCAAUCUUUCCGAGCUGAGUAAUGAACAGUUUUCCAGUAUGUCAGGGCUUAAGACUCUCGGGCUGGGAAAUAACUCCAUAACUAGGGUUUCCAUUGGAGCCUUCAAUGGACUUUCGCAACACCUGGUCCACCUAAACCUGAUCAACUGUGGUCCGAUAAGGGAGCUGCACAUGCAGAGUGCUGGAACCGUGAACCUGAAAAGUAGCUGGAUAAAGCGCUUGAUAAUCGCGGGCGGCGUUGACUUACUCUUUUUGCGAAAGAACGAACUGAUAUAUAUAGAAAUAGGAGACAAACUGUCUGUUACUUUGGUAGACCUGAAUGAAAACAUGCUGCGAACUGAGGAUCUUCAAAAAAUCCUACUGGGGAUGUACAGACUUCAGUUCCUAGAUCUGUCCUGCAGCUUUAUACUUGCUGCUGUCCUGGGCAUCACCGACUCCGAACAGCCCUGCGAAGGAUUCAAUUGCACCAGUACAGAGAUGGCGGAUACGUUUUAUUCAUAUCAAAAGGCCUUUGAUCUGGUAGAACACCGCCUGGAAAACUGCAGCAAUUUGGGAGUGCUGAAAGCCUCACCCAACCUGGAAAUUCUGCAGAUAUACAACUGCUCAGGUGGUGAUCUUCGUGUUCUUCCCCCGUUACCGAAGCUUAGCUAUCUACAGGUGCGAAGCGGCAAUAUUUCCGAGCUGAGCGACGGACAGUUUGCCAUGCUAACCGCCCUGGACACUCUAGAGCUGGGAUACAACUCCAUAUUUAGGGUUUCCGUUGAAGCCUUUAAGGGACUGUCGCAAGUGUGGAGGCUCGGCAUGCAGAACAAUAAUUUAACCAGUUUGCCUGAAGGUGUGUUUAAUUCUCUUCCAGAACUCGUCGACCUUAACCUAGCUCGCAACCAAAUUGCGACGCUGAAGUUUAAGACAUUUUCUGAAAACCCAAAGUUGAAAUGGUUAUGUCUGCGUGACAAUCCGUUGAUAAUGGUUUUGGCCAUACCUCUAAAACGUCUUGUCCUGCUGGACUUGACCAACUGUCGUCCCCUGGAGGAGCUGCAUAUGCACAGCGCCGAGACAGUGAUUCUGGAAAACAGCGGGGUAAGAAAAAUGGACGUCGCGGGUAGCGUUGCCAUACUGUAUGCGCGAAAGAACCGACUAAGAUAUCUCCAAUUGGACGACAAGAUGUCAGUCACUGAACUCUACCUUAGUGAUAACAUGAUGCAAACAAAAGAACUGCACAACAUCCUCAUGGGAAUGUGGAGACUUCAGCGCCUUGACCUUUCUUGCAACAUAUUGUACGAGUUGCCUGUUCCCCAUAGCGACAACUUGGAUGAGGUCUUCCUUUUGCCAAAUCUGAGGUUCGUGAACCUGUCGAACAAUAUGCUGGAAUACCUCCACGGGGACUCGCCCCUUAUGUCCCCCGCUCUGACCCAUUUGGAUCUGUCGCACAACAGGAUACGUAUUUUAGAUCCACAUAUUUUCAAGAUGGUCUCCAAUCUGCAGAGCCUGCACAUUGAGUGGAACCGAAUUCGAGACUUUAGAUACGACCGCCUCUACAAACAGCAGCGAGGUCUCAAAUUUGUGGCUUUUUUCAACAAUUUAUUCAGCAGUGAGACUUACGGCAACCUUACCAAAUUCUUUAAGGAGGCAGGAGUACGUGUAAUAGAAGAAAACCAAAAGCCGAAGGAAGUUAGCUUCAUAACAAGGCAUGAGGAAUCUGCAGAGACUGUAUUUGUCCAAGAAUACACACUGUACUGCCGUCCACUGAGAUACUGA